GCGUUCCUUUUGAGCCUCACUCGUCUAUGACAUGGCAAUUCUAGGUCCUUGAAUAUAGAGCGACUGAAUUUAUUUUCCAAUUUCCUUGAAACAGGAUUAAAAACUAAGAAGUCAAAUUCUUUUCCAUUUAAGGACUUGGUAAAUGUCUACGUUUUUAUUUUUCCUUAAAGUCUGCAUUAUUAAAUGAAAUAUAAAUGUACUUCUGAUGUAGUACAUACACGACAAAUAACGUUCUUUCAUAAAACAAUGUGUAAUAAACAGCACUUGCUUGUCUUUUAAUUAAGCUAUCGCUAAAACAAUGGGCUUAUUUGAAAUAUAGGCCACGGUACUUCGAAAUAUCAGAAUUUCAUACAUUUUCAACCAAUUUUUUACGACACAAGUGCACCUGUUUAGGAAAGUUAUAAAGGUUUAUAAGUCCGUCUUCCUUGUCUGAGUGCGAGGUUUCCUCCCAGCCUAAUUCAACAUAAUGCAGCAGUUCUAGCAGAAUUUUAACCACGCAGACCCUAAUUUCCAUAUGCAGAUCUGUCUCUCCCAGCCGUACCUCUCGCCAUCACACCAUUUCUUGCAUUCUAAUGCAUUCUCACAUCUUUACAAAAUCCCCCCCUCUCUCUUCCACCACACGCCGAGGAUGUUCUCCCUUUUUCAGUCCAGUUAAAACCCUGUUAUUUCUUCCUCCGUAAGCCUAAUUGUCCCAGCCACGAGAGGCACAAUAAAGCAGGCUGUUUUGCAUGGUUUUACUUUGCAUCUUUUAUCAAUACGAGUCAGUGGAGAUCGUAAAAAAAAAAAAAAAAAAUGGAUGCGACGGGAAUUUUUUCUUUUCUUUUCCGUGUGGAAGCGUCGACCUCCCGCUUUGCUUUCAACAGGAGACUGAAGUUCGUCUGUGAGAAGGCUCUAUCGCCUGGAUGAGAAAGAAGUAUUUGCAUCAAGGCCAGGAGAUUAAACGUGUGGGUUGGGAACUGGAGAGAGCGCGUUGUCUCGCUCGGGGCCCCCCCUCGGUGCCAGAGUUCUCGCUUUCAUCGCGCGGGGUGAGAGAUUUCUCCUGGACGUUUUUCGGGGCAGUGUGGCUACAGGCUUCAUGUUCAGUGGGUCUUUACUGGUGUGCUGCAUCCUGCUGCAGAGGAACCUUGCGACCACAGAGGGGCGUCAUGGGACCAACCGCCACGUCUUCUACGCCGUCCAGAUGAGAGGAGGCGCCAAAGCCGUCCGAGCUCUGGCCGAGCAGCACGAGCUGGAGUUCAUACAGCGGAUUGGCAGCCUGGAGGGCCUGUACACCCUGAGGGACAGCAGGGGGCGCUCUGAUAGAGUAACCUUUGAGGGGAGACUUCUGUCUGCAGCAGGGGUUCUCUGGGUAGAGAGGCAGCAAUGUCAUUACAGAGAGAAGCGGGUACCACUGACAGGACAAGACUACGGUCGGACGAAAGGUUCCCAGAGGAAACGGCCUCCAGCUGACAGCCCGUCUGAGGAGGGGAUGGGCGACCAGUCGCUCACCUUCAACGACCCUCUCUGGCCCAUGCAGUGGGAACUGUUCGCACAGGGUGAAUACAACUCUAGUGGGUUUGACCUGAAUGUGAUGCCAGUUUGGAGGAACAACAUAACCGGCAGCGGCGUGGUGGUCAGCAUCAUCGAUGACGGUGUGGAUCACACAAACAAGGACCUGAGGAAAAACUUUGAGGCCCUCGCCAGCUUUGACCUGCGGGCCUCGCACGGUCUGUCUCAUGAUCCCAUGCCUGUCAGAGAUGAGGAGAACAGUCACGGUACGCGCUGUGCCGGCGAAGUUGCUAUGGAGGCCAACAACUCCUACUGCGGUGUGGGCAUCGCCUUCAAUGCCAGGAUAGGAGGUAUCCGUCUGCUGGACGGCGUCGUCACGGACGCCAUGGAGGCCUCGGCUCUGACCUACAACAUGCACUUCAUCGACAUCUACGUCUGCAGCUGGGGCCCGCGGGACAACGGGGCCGAGAUGGACGGACCGCACCGCCUGACGGAGCGAGCCCUCCGGCUAGGAACUCAGAAGGGUCGACGUGGGAAGGGCAGCAUCUUUGUGUGGGCGGCAGGUAAUGGUGGAACGCAGCGUGACCACUGCGGUGCAGACGGGUACGUUAACUCCAUCUACACCAUCGCCAUCGGAGCCGUCGUCCGGACCGGGAAGCCCGCCUACUUCGGUGAACCCUGCCCUGGAGUGAUGGCCGUCACCCUGACAGGUUCCAACGUGGGAGACUCGCUACCUUUGGUGACUGUGACCAACACUGGAGAUGGGUGUGUCACCCGCUUCCCAGGAACCUCCAGUGCCGCUCCGAUUGCUGCAGGGAUUCUGGCUCUUGCUUUGGAAGUGAAUCCGUUGAUGACGUGGAGGGAUGUUCAGCAUCUGAUCGCCAUGACGGCGAAGAUCCCCGAUCCCGAAGAACCGGGCUGGACCGUCAAUGCAGCAGGAUACCAUGUUCACCACAGGUAUGGCUUUGGAGUGUUGGACGCUGGGCUGAUGGUGCAGCACGCUGCGCUGCUCCAGGGAGCUGCUCCACAGAGGAAAUGCAAGCAAGAGGUCGCAUUUAAUCCAGCCAGAUCCUUCUCUGCUAGAGGCCAAGUGAGUGUCGGCAUCGAAUCCGAUGCCUGCCGAGGGAGAGCUAAUGAAGUCAACACUCUGGAGCAUGUGCAGGUGAGAGUGAGCAUUUCGGCGCCGUGUCGCGGCGACCUCUCCAUAAGUCUGGAGUCUCCGGGCGGCACAGUGUCUCUGCUGCUGGAUACCCGGCCCAACGACGCCUCGGCUGCUGGCCUGAAGAACUGGACCCUGAUGACGUUGCACUGUUGGGGCGAGCAGCCGCAGGGCCUCUGGACCCUGAAGGUGUCUGACCAUACAGGCAGUGUGUGGAGCUGCAGGAGGCAGAGUGAGGAGGAGGCAGCCGGAGCUCUGCUCAGCGCUGCACUCAUCCUGUACGGCACCCACCGCCCACACAAGGCCGUGCUCGAGGGGCCCCUGCAGAGCGUCGUGUCUAUGGGGGGCCGUCACCUGGUCCCUCACGGUGGGCUCUACCGGAGGGACCGCUCCCCUCCUCUGGACGUGCUUCAGUGGGUCUUCCACAUGGAGAGGGACAGGAAAGUACGAGCUAGCGACAUCACUUUGCCAACCAAACACAAGAUGUCGGAAACUACAGGAGGCAGAACCAUGAGCAUGAACCUCAUCGAGCCCCCAACGUGGAGGAGGGCUCUGAAGCUACGUCCAUCAGAUGUUCAGCAGACGUCCUCCCUACGACCCAGACCUGUUCUUAGCACGGAAACAGAACCUAAAGGAAAAAGACGGACAGACAGAACUGGUCCUUACCAUGAUGAGACUCAAAGGGUGUCACCACGAAGACGGACCAAUCAGAACCACUCGGUGAAGCUCUGUAAGAAGAAAAAGGAGGAGGUUGGGAGGGUGUAGUACGGAGCAGGGAGUAGAAGGCACAACAUGAUUAAAUAAAGACUGUUGUUUUCCUCUGUGCAGCAAGCCAAUUGAUCACAAAUCGACUUGUAUUUUCUACUGUGUGUGACCCCAGUGUCAGCUGUGAUUAUUGCUUGUAAAUUCCUUACCCAAUCCCCUUUCCCACCUGCCCAAACUGCACACGAACACACCAAUCGUUUCUCCCACCCCGCCAAAACAGAAAGAAAGAAAAUAGUUUGAGGAAGAGGUUUCAACGCUCCUCAGUUCGCCUCUGCGAGUUGCGAUGGGUUAGCGAGCGAUAUGUUUGUCUUUUUCCACUUCAGUGAAGGGUGAAUUCAGCUUGGCAGCAAUAAG